ACGGUAGAAAUUUGUCAAAUUGUUAAUUCACGAUGGAAAGGAAGAGUGAACCAGGAAAAGGAAAAAAGGCGGAGCAGAGUCAUCAGCCUCCUCAUAUUUCACCGAUGCAGCCGGUGACACGCGGUGCUUACGGCGGCGGAAUGUACGGAACCGAGGAGCAGGGACAGACGAAGAGACCGGAAAAGCCGCCUGCCAGUGAAACUCAAAGUGCUGAUGGACCUGAUGAGGCCAGGUACAAGCCCGUGAACAAACCCCCACCGUCAUCCGGCGAUCGAGACAUUGAUAUUACUGUCUGCAGCUGUGGCUACAAUGAAAUAUGUUGCUCUUUCCUAUACCAGGAAUCAGGGAACUCAAUGCUUUUAUGCUUUCUAGCUUUAAUUACUUUUUAGGACGUCGCUGUUAUGUCAUGAAACUCACCAAGAAGAUCAAUAUCAAGGACUGAUCUGAUAGUUGGGCUUAAACAGUACCAGCGGAUGGAUUCAUCAGGUCCUAAUCGGACAGGCCUUAACCACAUUGGUUAACAUCCCCUUUCUAGGCUCGGGACUGGGUUGGCAUGAUGGAUCCAAAACCUGUUUACCUGCCAAUGCAGAGAUGGUGUUAAAAUAUUUUUGUUUUUUGAAAAGCAUUCAUAAUUUUCGUUCACAGCAACUGGAUUGUAUAAAAAAAACGAUGAAGAGAAAGCUAAUAAAUAACCGACGUCAACUUAUUAUCGAUUAAA